GGGUGUGUUCCAAUUAGAAUAGGCGUGGCUUUAAAAUGGCGUAUUCUAAUCCCAAAUAUUGUUGCCUCUUUGUUAUACAAUUACUUCUGUUAGGAAUGGAUCUCUGUCUUAAUUCUCUAUCCCUACUACUCUCCUCUUUCUCUCCAGUCAUUCUAUCAGUAGUAUACGCCUUACAAGACUUCUUUCUCGUACUAUCAUUCAUUCUAACGUUCUUAAUAUUCUUCAACACUUUUACAUUCACCAGUGGACUCAUUACUAUCCUCCUUAAGAAAUUCUCGUGGUCACUCUGCACUGGUGUAGCCUAUCUCCUCGUUACGAUAGCAUACCAAAUAUGGUCGUUAAAUAAUCGUUGGAAUAAUCACUGGGUGUGGUCAGGAGGGCUCCAAUUCAUGUAUGUCCUUCAUAAAAUGGUCGCCUUGUUUUAUUAUUACAUUUACAAGAGAGGUCUUUAUCGUCUCUCGGAUCCUAAACUCUACCUCCCCAACUCGAGUUGGGUCUCUGAUAGGAUUAGUACUCGUGUGACAGUUGCUGCCAUCACAUGAAAGUCACAUGAUAGGAGGACACUAAUACUGGGCAUACAUCACUUACUGUUUUAUCAUUUUUAAUAAUAAAAUAAUAAUAAUAAAUAUAAA